AUGGACUCUCCACCACACAGAGAAGCCGCUCAAUUCUCUGUCACGUCUCCAGCGCGACCGAGCAUGACGCGGCAGCCGUCGCUCCUACCCGCGUUCGAACCGCUCUCCUCCUCCCCACUGCCCCGACCUUCGAAACGCAAGUAUGCCGAACAUGCUGAGCUACCGAAAGCACAACUCAAGUACUACCCUACUCCGGUCCCGACAUCCUCAACCGGUAUGCUUCCGUCCUCGCCGCCAGCGCGUCCGGCGCUCGAGCGGACCAUGUCCACGCUCUCCGAACGCACCCCGCUAUCCGCGCUUCCUACCAUCGAUCUCCCCCUCGACGGCGAACCCGUGCUCAUGGGACGGUCAAGCAACUCGUCCCACCAUCAACUAUCCGCUAGCCGUCUGAUAUCACGCGUCCAUGUCCGUGCGUCCUAUAUCGCCCCAAGCGCCAGCCAUACCUCCGGAGAAGUCGUAAUAGAAUGCCUAGGCUGGAAUGGCUGCAAAGUGCACUGCCGAAGUCAGGUGUACCAGCUUGCGAAAGGGGAUACGUUCUCGUCAGACAAACCCUCGGUGGAGAUCAUGCUGGAUGUGCAGGAUGCUCGCGUGCUGAUCGCGUGGCCAUUUGGAGAGCGGCAGGCUUCAGUGGUCUCGACUCGCUCGGAGUUGACCCAAAUCGAGGAUAUGUCCCCAUCGCGUCGUGCCGCAGGGAAGGGUCGUUACGCGUCAAGUCCCCCGCUCAUGAAUCCGCGUUCGUCUCCAUCAUUGUCGCCUAUUAGACAGCCCGCCUUUACCGAGCUUGGAACCUUCAUUGCAGCUGACGAGGAAGAAAAUGUGGACCAUAAUGCCGUGCAGGUAUACGAAGAUCGUGCCUCAGCCGAGCCGGUAGCCGCAGCGGACGAUACGGCGGACUCUUCCCAGCUCUCUCAGACUUACCCAGACCCAAGCCAAGACGUGUCAAGAACCUCUCAAGCCAGCAGUCUCUCCUCUCUAGCCUCCGAUGACUUCUCAGACCGCGACGAGGAGAACGACCCCAUCAUCCACUCCUUCUACAACGCCGGCGACAACCUGCUGCCGCGCAUGUCGUCGAUAACCGCCAGCAGCAGCAUUCUGAAAUCACCUGAACAGCCCCCUCCGCAACGUCGGCGAAAACCGCUGAGAGCAGCUUCUCCCCAUCUGAAGUCUAUUCCGGAAAGCCUGUCGCGCCAACUAAACGACUCGCCCAUUAAGAACCACGUGAUCAAUCAGCUCGCUUUCUCCCGCUUGCACUCCCAGCCCCUGUCCACAAUCCUCGGCAAUCUACCAGCAGAGAUGAAAGGCGAGAGAUCACUAGCCGAUAGCGCAGCUACGCUGACCGAAAAGACGUUUACUCAGCCCGACGACGCCACGCUGACCGGCGCAGAGCUAAAGCGGAUUCUGGACAGCAUCCCCUGCGUCGGCGAGAUCAGCCGCGAGGGCAAAGACGCGGCGGGGAAACCGUUGGAGAACGAGUUUUAUUAUAUCCCGGAGAUCGACGCAGAUGAGAUGAGGAGGGAGACUGUUGUCAAUAGUAUGGGUAGGACGAGUAUACGGGCGGCCAGGAAGCAGCACAAGCAAUACUACUGGAAGAAACCGAGGCACUAG